GAGAGGCUCUGUGACGGCGCUUCUUGGUGCAAGUGUUGUGACCUGGUUGGACCGUUAUUGUCACAGUACGCGGAGCCAAUACGACCGUCAGAGCAUUUUUCAGGGAUAAAGGCAAAACACAUCCAGCGAAAUGUCGAAGGUGGAAGGAGGAAUGAAAUGUGUGAAAUACCUUUUGUUCAUCUUCAACUUUAUAUUCUGGUUGAUGGGAUCCUUUGUUCUGGCAGUAGGACUGUGGCUACGUUUUGACCCAGAAACUGUGUCUCUUCUCAAUGGUGAUAAGGCUCCAGACACUUUCUUCAUUGGUGUGUAUAUCCUGAUAGGGGCUGGCAGUCUGGUGAUGCUGGUUGGUUUCUUUGGCUGCUGCGGAGCUGUUCGGGAAUCUCAAUGCCUGCUGGGUUCAUUCUUUGCCUGUCUGUUGAUCAUAUUUGGUGCGGAGGUGGCGGCAGGGGUGUUUGGAUUCUUAAACAAAGACAAGAUUAUCAAAGACGUUCAGAACUUCUACGCAACAAGCUACAAUGAAAACAAUAACGGCACAUUGAUAAUCUCAUACCAGAAAGUACUGAACUGUUGUGGAACCAUAGAAAGCCCCUGUCCUGAACCUGCAACAGAUACUAAGGACUGUGAGACACGCAUCAAGGAGUUCUUCAACAAUAAACUCUACAUCAUUGGAUACGUGGGCAUCGGCAUUGCUGGAGUCAUGGUCAUUGGGAUGAUCUUCAGUAUGGUGCUCUGUUGUGCCAUUCGCAACAGCAGAGAGGUCAUCUAAGCUGGAUACUUGAACUCUGCCCCUCCUGUACCUAGCCCUGAAAGACUGUACAGCCUUUAGAUCCAAAGUCAACCUUUGUCCAUUCAGGGACCUGGGAAAUAGAUCAUGUUAAAAAAGAAAAUCCUUUCCACUAUGGUGCUCAAACCAGCUCUUUUGGCCUGAUCUUCCACUAUUUUCUCUGAAAUGUUAUUUAUUUAUUUGCAGUCACGAGCAAAAUAGCAUGCUCUACUUUCAUAACUAUCCACACAGUGGGAACAGUAUAAUGUCUGAUGUUGACCUGACAAUCUGUCAAAUAGUUUUUUCCUCAUGGCAUUUGGCUGCCAUUAUAAAUUUUAACCGACAUACUGUAGCAGUAGUGUUAAUGCUUUUUCACACAGCAUUGACACUGACCCCUUGGCUGUGGGAAACUUUGGCCCUGAGAGAGCAAUCUGAGGGGAAAGCAGCUGAGUUUGCUUAUCUGUGCACCCAAAUUAAGACACACAUGAACGCGCACAGACACACAAGCACAGCAAUGUUGUGUUACGUGAGACCACAGCCUUAAAAAAGGUUGUCAGGAAUCUCGUAGGGAAUACUGAUUGGUGGAAUCAGAGUGGGGUUUCAAGAGAGAGGGAAUGGCCAGUGAACGUUUCGGGAAUGCAUCCCCAGUGAAUUUACUCACACACAUACCGUAUACACACACACUGUAAACUGUGUGUACAAUGACAAAAAUGUGCAGCUAUCUUAAAGGAUUAGUUCAACAUUUUGGAAUAUAUAUUUUGGGAUAACUUUAUUGCCGAGAGUUAGAUUAGAAGAUUGAUAGCACUAUCAUGUCGGUAAAUAUGAAGCUGCAGCCCACAGUUAGCUUAGCUUAGCACAAAGACUGGAAAAAGCGGGGAAACAGCUAUCCUGGCUUUGUCUUUAUACUAAGCUAAACUAACAGCUGCUGGCUGUAGCUUCAUAUUUACUUUACAGACAUGAUAGUAGUAUUGUUAAGCAACUAUAACCACAUUUUAGUCCACUUACUGUACAACAAAUCAUGCAGACUUCAUAUUUUUCUUGCAAUGCCAGUAUGUGGUGUGUUACACAACUCAAGCAAGUUUCAAGAGUCUUCUAUGAAACAGAAAAAAACUUGCCUACAGGAAAAGUAAAUCCAAGAAUCAAAGCACAAUCCAGCUGAACUGAAAACCAAAUUCCCUUUCGUCACAAAGGAAAAGCUCCUUGUAUAUAUUAAUAUAUAUAAUCUCUCUUACCUAAGAGAGUAUCCUCGAGUCUUUGUUGACUGUAUGUCAAAAAGUCAUGUGGACAGGCUAAAUAUAUGCUAGAAUAGGCAGUGGGGCUGUGGAAUUUUGUUAUCCAAGCCAGGCCUUUGAUCUUUUCCUAUCUCCAUCUUUUUUCCCCUCUGUGCCUUAAAAGUACACCACCCACAACAAAACAAAAAGUGAGAAAUAACCCCUGUAUUCCUCACAUCUCAUCAAUCUCGGCAGAUAAGAGGAUUGGACAGACAUGCCCAUCUUGAAUCACUUCCAUUGAUCCAGGUUCAAUCAGGCCACUGUUGGGUUUAUUACGGGACUCUGGUAUGUAAAUAUGUGUGAGUUUUCUGUAGUUGUACAUUAUUUGUGGUUGAUGUGAUAGUUACGAUUUAAUGUGUAGACAGAGGCUUGCAGUAGUUGUACAGUGUUCAUGUAGUCAUGACAGUGCAAUAGUCAAAGCAAAUCAACGCAACUAAAACAGCUUCUUAAUGUGCCUUUCUUUGAUAACGAGCUAUUUUUGAACAAUGGGCUGUUUGAACGUAGCAAAAGAUGUACAUAUGUUUGUAGAGUUGGACUGCAAUUAAUUGUCACACACAUUGGACUUGCCAUUAUUAUUUUGGUGUUUCAGUGUCAAACUCGACUGUGUCUUCAUUGUCAAGAGAGUUGAAGUGGUAAAUCGACAAUUUGUCUGCCAACUAUUUUAAAAGUCUAUUGGUCAUAAAAGAAUAAUCAGACUCUGUGGAACACGGGCCCUGGUCAUUCUCUUAUUUUUUAUUUACAGAUUUCAAUGUAAUGUGAGACAAGUGAGGAGACCACCAAGGCUUUCUUACCACUCCAGCAGACAGUGUUUACUCUGAGUGAUGAGACACAACAGAGUCACUUCACUGUCAUUCUGUGGAGUUAAAACAGGAUGAACUAGGAACAGUUUAGUGCACCUCAAUCCACAAAAAGCUGUUGUGUUACUCAGUUAUAGUUGUGCAAAUCUGGAGAUGAAACGUACCGUGCACGUAAAAAAAGACACACUGUGUACCCAGUCGAGCUUUUCAUAGUUGAUUGUGUUAAAUUAUUUUAAUUCCAUUCCAGGCUUCUCAGGAAGUAGGUGUUUGACGUUUAUUAAAGCUUUUAAAGUUUUA